GCGCGCUAAAAAAAGCAGGGUUAAAAAAGCAGGACAGCGCGAGAGCAGAAAAGAGAGACAGGUAUCCUGUCUAUGCUUAAGUAGGAUAGGAUCAUUUUCAUCAUCAUGUCACAACGACUUGUUGUUGGGGAAAGAAAGCGAAAUGCAUCAUACAAUUUUAUGAACCUUGCACAAGAAGAAGCAAAAGAAGGCAAUUUUAAUGAUAUUAAAAAGUUGUUAGAAACGUGUCCAGAAGACAAAAAAGAGGAAUUUACCAAAAAUCUCAGUGGGUUUCAAAGAUUAUUUAACCGAUUCGUUGACAAUCAAGAUCAGCAGGUUGAAUGGGAAAAGAUUGCUCCACCACCAGAAGAUAGGAUCAAGCCAUAUGCAGAUCUAAAGACACAAACACCAACUGACAUCAAAAACUUGCUUAACAAGCUUGUGGUGCUAAAACUAAAUGGAGGUUUGGGUACAACUAUGGGUUGUACUGGUCCAAAAAGUGUGAUUACUGUUCGCAAUGAUUUAACAUUUUUGGAUAUGCAAGUGCAGCAGAUUGAGAGUUUAAACAACAAAUAUGGGUGUAGUAUCCCUCUUGUGCUAAUGAAUUCAUUUAACACACAUGAAGAUACACAAAAAGUCUUACGCAAAUACAUCCAUGUCAAUGUCAAGUUAUAUUGUUUCCAACAAAGUCAAUAUCCAAGGCUAUAUAAAGAAUCUCUCCAUACUGUGGCAAAGACCAUAAACAUGGAUGAUCACGAAAGUUGGUACCCACCUGGUCACGGAGAUAUGUAUCAAUCAUUUUACAACUCAGGAUUACUCAGUCAAUUUAUCGAAGAAGGAAAGGAGUACGUGUUUUCAUCUAAUAUUGACAAUCUUGGUGCUACAGUGGAUUUGUCAAUUUUAAAUUUCCUCGUAAAUCAAAAGGAAGAUGAAAAAUGUGAAUUUGUGAUGGAAGUUACUGAUAAAACAAGAGCUGAUGUAAAGGGAGGUACAUUAAUUCGCUACAAAGACACCUUACGACUUCUGGAAAUUGCCCAAGUACCAAAACAACAUGUUCAAUCCUUUAAAUCAGUAUCAAAAUUCAGGAUAUUCAAUACAAAUAACUUAUGGGUGAAACUGGAUGCAAUAAAGCGCGCUGUGGAGAACAAUGACUUGCAUAUGGAAAUCAUCAAUAAUCAGAAGCAACUUGAUAAUGGUGAGAAAAUCAUUCAACUAGAAACAGCUAUCGGAGCAGCCAUUAAAUCGUUUAACAAGUCUAUAGGUGUGAAUGUUCCUCGUAGUCGCUUCCUGCCAGUAAAAACAUGUUCAGAUUUGUUUCUGAUCAUGUCAAAUUUGUACACAAUCGAUAAUGGGACCCUCAUGAUGAAUCAAAGCAGACAAUUUUCUACCACACCCUUAAUACAACUUGGUCAUUUCUUCAAAAAGGUGAAAGAAUAUUUACAUCGCUUCGUCAACAUUCCUGAUAUUCUCGAAUUAGAUCAUUUGACUGUAGCUGGUGACGUCACAUUCGGCAGAAAUAUCACUUUAAAGGGUACAGUUAUUAUUGUAGCUAAUCAUGGAGACCGGAUCGAUAUACCAUCCGGUGCAAUUUUAGAAAAUAAGAUUGUAUCGGGAAAUCUCAGAAUAUUGGAUCACUGAAAAAGCUGUAGUUGCUUCAUCUUAGAGCACCCGGUGACAUGUAGUAUGUGAGAGAAAUUGAUUCUGAAAAAAUGGGUGGAUUUAAAUUUUUAAAUUAUAUACCAAUAUUUUAGAUGAUAUAUAUUUACGCAGAUAAGACAAAUAUUUAUAUCAACGGAAAUCGAAUAAUUGGCAAAAUACAAUUAAGUGAUUUUGACGUUUUUGUUAUUGCCAGAGGUUAUUUUUGAAAAAUAUUUACUUUCCUGUUUCUGUUCUUUAAUUUUCUUUACGUCCUUUUAUUUUAUUAAUAUAAUUAUUAUUUGAAUGAAUUAUUGUUAGAUAUUUGAAUUUUUCAAUGAAAAUAGAAAUAGUGUCUUAAAA